UUUCCUUCAUCGUUCUCUUGUCGUCGUCGUCGCCAUGUUCCCGUGGUGUCUGUCGAAGCCCGCGGACUUCCCCGGCAGCCGCAGCUCCAUCGCCAAGCUGCUGCUCGGGGUCUUCGUGGUGUACGCGCUGCACACCGCCUGGCUGCUGUACGGCUUCCUGCACACCAAACCCUGCGAUGGCAGCUCCGGGGAGCACUGCAUCACCUCCUACCUGACGGCAAGAGCCCGCCUGCAGAUGAGUGUCUUCACUUGCCUUGUGCCAGACAACAGCCAACUCCACCUCGCUGUAAAAAUAGACCCCUUUGACCCGGACUCCGCAUUUGAGAGGCAGGUGAAUGUCUCCGUGCCGGAGCCGACCCGCGCUAACGGCACUCUGUUUGCCGUGGUGUACGUUCACAGAGCCGGGGUUUCACCUCUGGAGGACAGCAGGGAAGUUCACUACGCAGCGCAGCUUACCACCUACAUCACUCCCGCGUACAGAGACGGGCAGAGAGACACGCAGAAGAGGUCAAGUCCCAGAUCAGAGAAUACUGUGUCCCACUGGAGACCUCACCUGGCAAUUACUUUGAUGUCGGAGGACUUCACCUUCAACAGAGCGGGGCUUCCUAGUGACGUGCGGCGCUACAUGAGAGUCUCACAGGAAGGCCGACAAAUGAUCUACCUCCCUCUGCUGCUGGUUAACGAGCUCAGCUUCAGAGUCAGAGAUCUCCUGGAGAUCAGCAGCAGCACCGUUCAGCUCCCUCUGACUGUGUCCUACGAGGGAAUCUCUUUAAGGGGAUUCAGAUUCUGGGUGCAUCUACAGGACGUGGUUUAUUCCCUGCGACAGUUUGGCUUCACUGAGGAGAACAUAGAUGAAAUUAAAGAGACUUUGCUGGGCUCCAACCUCUACCUGUUAGUGUUGACUGCACUCAUCACAGCUCUGCAACUCAUCUGUGAAUUCUUGGCUCUUAAAAAUGACUUCAGCUCAUGGAGGAAAAAGAAGAGCAUGGUGGGAAUGUCCAGGAAGUCAGUUCAGUGGCGCAGUCUCAGCACUUUGCUGAUCUUCCUGCACCUGCUGCAGGAGACCAGUUUACUGGUGCUGCUCCCUGUUGGACUGGGAGCAUGUGUAGAGGUAUGGAAGGUGUUUACAGUGUUUAAGAUCCAGUUUCAAUGGAAAAGCUCCAAGCUCCAUGUAAAUAAGCUAGAUGAGGAAGAAAGAAAGACAGUGGAGUACGACACACAGGCGUCCAGAUACUUGUCCUACUUGGUCUAUCCUCUGUGCAUCAGCGGAGCUAUUUUCUCACUGGCCUACUUUCGCCAAAAGAGUUACUACUCCUGGUUGGUCAACACGCUAGUGACAGGGGUGUAUGCCUUUGGCUUCCUGUCUAUGGCCCCACAGCUAUUCAUCAACCACAAGCUGAAGUCCGUGUGCCACCUGCAGGGGACAGUGUUGCUGUACAGAGGGGUAAACACGCUGAUCUCAGACCUGUGCUCCUGUGCCUCCUUUUUCUCCUCGUCUGGAUCUUUCUCCUCCUCUCAUCAACUAUCCUGCUUCAGAGAUGAGAUCCUCUUCUUCCUCUACCUCUAUCAGCGAAGGCGUUAUGCCCACAAGUCCAGGAGGCGAGAGUCCGGGACCCACAGCAAGAAACUAAAGACUCAAUGAGGAGAAGACAAAUUCCUCUCCUCUCCUUUUCUUCACAGACAAAUGCACAAACACACAAAAACAAGGUAAAAGAUGUGACGCGGAGGCUCAGGCAGGACGCCCGUCCACGUUUGCCACAGCAGCUUCUAACUGAUCCAGGAUGAUGUUGGUGCGCACUAUUAAAUCGAAUCCCAAAUAUGCGCAACAUACUGUAUUUGUUUUUAUUUGGAGUCUUUGUGAUCCGGGCUAGAAUUUAAAAUAAUGUCUAUGGUUUGAACAUUGCGUGGCUUUGCAUCACAAGUGUGUAACAUUAGACAUACAAGAGCAACGUGGCCCCGGACGAUUGUGAGAAGCUCAAAGCAACAUGAAGCAUUUUCUACUCUCCAUUGAGAAUAUAUAUAAUAAAUGACUUAUGUUGAAGGUG